GGAGCACAGCCAAAUGAAUACUUGUGCCUACAAGGUACCUCUUAAGACCUAAAAACCUGAUUUCUGCAAAGGGGGAAACUUUAUUUGGACUUCUUUUGGUAUCUGAAAAUCCAACAAACUAUCUCGUUUUACUAGAAACGAUUACCAAAGUUAACAAUAUUUGUUAAUUGACUGUAAAAUCUCACAAAAACAAACAAACAGGCACAUAACUUAAAAAGUGUACACGUUUUCUUAACAUAGACACGCUGACAUGAUUGUGUCCAACGUUAGCUUCGGUUGCACUAAGGCUAAUAGCGCUUGGUGUGUAAGCAGUAAUGAUGGGCACUUGGAGGCUGCGGCAAACUGUAGUCUGAGUCCUACUGGACAUCUGAUAGUGGCUGUGUGUCUGGGUUUUAUCGGCACCUUUGGGUUUUCAAACAACUUGCUGGUUCUUGCGCUUUUCUGCCGCUUCAAAGUGCUGCGAUCACCCAUAAACCUGCUGCUGGUGAAUAUUUCAGUCAGCGAUCUGCUCGUCUGUGUGGUGGGGACUCCUUUUAGUUUUGCGGCCAGCACGCAGGGACGCUGGCUAAUUGGGAAAACGGGAUGUGUCUGGUAUGGUUUUAUAAAUUCUUGUUUGGGUACCGUGUCUCUUAUUUCCCUGGCUGUGCUUUCCUAUGAGCGCUACUGUACAAUGAUGGGCAAAACAGAGGCAGAUGCCACAAACUACAAAAAAAUAGCCAUGGGCAUUUUGCUUUCCUGGGGCUAUUCUUUACUGUGGACUUUACCUCCACUGUUUGGAUGGAGUAGCUAUGGCCCUGAGGGUCCUGGAACAACAUGCUCAGUAAACUGGUACGCUAAGGAUGCAAACAACAUCUCUUACAUCGUAUGCCUCUUUAUCUUCUGUCUUGUAAUACCGUUUUUGGUCAUAUGCUACUGUUAUGGAAAGUUGCUGUAUGCAGUCAAGCAGGUGAGUGGUGUUAAUAAAGGCAUGGGACGAACACGAGAGCAGCGGGUCCUCCUCAUGGUGGUUACCAUGGUGAUCUGCUUCCUGCUGUGCUGGCUGCCCUACGGGAUAGUCGCUCUUCUGGCCACAUUUGGGAAGCCUGGUCUCAUUACACCAGAGGCCAGCAUCAUCCCAUCACUGCUGGCAAAAACCAGCACAGUUGUCAACCCGAUCAUAUACAUAUUUAUGAACAAACAGUUCUACAGAUGCUUUCAAACUUUUGUGAGAUGCCCAAAUCCUUCGUUCACCUCAAGCUUCAGGAAUACCUCCAAGACGACCAAACCGGGUCGAAAAAGCAGAAAGGUAGAGACCAACAACAUAUGCAUUGCAGUGGCUUCUAUGGGUCAGCCAUCUACCUUUAUUCAGAACCGGACAAAUAGCAAUGGUGAACAGGGAUUGUCUGUCAUGGGGUCAAAGCCUGUAGUGUCACUUGUUGCUCAUUAUAACGGCUGACAUGCAGUAGAAGGAAUAUUGAACAAUAUGAUUGUCAAUAUCCCUGUCUGAAAAUGGGACAAAAGACACAGCAAUUGUCUGAACAGACUAUUCAGUGUUACAAAUGGACUUUGCGGUUCAAUACACAGUCUGAAGAUGUAGCAAUUGAUUACAACUUGUUCCUAUGAGAUUUCAAUUGAACAGCACCAAGAUCUUGUUGAAGAAGUUGAUGGAUUUUAUUUUUACAAGAUGAAAGCAAUUUGGUACUGCAGCUUGCCAGGAUGAAAAAGAAAAUACUAAGCACUACAAAAAAAUAGUAAGCACAUUUUUUUCAGUGCAUGUAAAUACUGCAAAUAGAAAGGCAUUAAUGAGGUUUGUUUUACAGAUUAAUCCAUUGCGCUGUGUACAGUAUACUCCUGUAAAUAACCACUCUAUAAAAUGUAAAUGUUGAACCAUUCAAAGGCUUUCAAACUUUCAGUUUGCCUUCUGUAUUUAAUAAUGUAAAAAAGGGAAGGAUUUUAAAGGUGGGCCAUAUAGUAUGUCCAUACUUUAAUGUCCAUCUACUUUCUAACAAACACAGUAAUUUCAAAAACUGUAGUAAAUGCAUAGUAUAACCAUGGCAAAAGCAUGAGAAAACUGCUAAAUUACUGUGGUAAAUGUUGCCUCUCGGUUGUAACUUGCAAUCCUAAGCUUUUGUGAGAUGCCCAAAUCCUUUGUUCACCUUGAGCUUCAGGAGUACCUCCAAGAGGCCAAACAGGGUCAAAAAAGUUAUAUGGCAUUAUGCUAGCAUGAAUGUUUGUUCAAUGUGGUGAUCUUUUAUAUAACUGAAAUAAAUUAA